AUGGCAACAGAGGUGGCAACAAAAAGGAACUCGCCGUUUCGAUUUCUUCACAAACUCCCAAUCCGACUGACGUUUACAGAAAAGAAGGCCCCUCUUCUGAUCAGUGAUCUUGCGAAAGAAUCAGACGAGCUCAAAAAGCGAACACACAUUCUGGAAUGCGCAUGGAAUCAGGAGCACGACGAUGAAGAAGAGGAGGAGGAGGAGACGAGAGAAGAUGGAGUAGUUGAUGGAUCAGAUGACGCGUCAUCCACUCACGAUAUCUAUGGAGAUAUUGGAAAUCGAGCACCGAAUGAGUUUGAGCAUAUUGGAAGAUUCACGACAUUCCAAGUCUACAUCGCUUGGUUUGCACUUUUUCUGUUCGCCCAUAUUCGAGAGUAUGUGACAAGAUUUGGAUUUGUCAAAGAUUUGUCGAAUAAGGAGAAUAAGUCCAUGAAGGACUUCGUGCCAUUGUUCAGCGACUUCGAAGCAUUUUAUCAACGAAAUUGUUACAUCAAAGUGCGAGACGUCUUCGAGCGACCAAUUUGCAGUGUACCCGGAGCUACUGUUGAUUUGGUUGACCGAGUGUCUCACGAUGGAAACUGGACCUAUGAGUAUCCGGGAACUCGUACUAAUGUGAUCAAUGUUGGAUCUUACAACUAUCUUGGAUUCGCUCAAUCCGCUGGACCAUGUGCCGACCAAUCGGCUGCUAGCAUUGACAGAGAAGGUCUUUCCUGCUGCACCACGGUCCAUGAAAGAGGAAGAAGUGUGUCCCAGGCAAAGUUGGAGAAACUGGUUGCUGAAUUCCUUGGAGUAGAUGAUGCAAUCUGCUUUAGUAUGGGAUUUGCCACGAAUUCAAUGAAUGCUCCAUGUCUUGUAGACAAACAUUCUUUGAUCAUUUCUGAUAAGUAUAACCACGCUUCUUUGAUUCUUGGAUGCAGACUUUCCGGAGCUUCCACCAAGGUUUUCGAACAUAAUGACAUGGAGUCCCUUGAGCGAAUUCUCCGUGACGCCAUUGCCUACGGUAAUCCCAAGACUCAUCGUCCAUAUAAAAAGAUUCUGAUCAUUGUCGAAGGAAUUUACUCAAUGGAAGGAUCCAUUUGCAAUCUUCCAGGAAUCAUUGCUCUCAAGAAGAAGUACAACGCAUACUUGUAUUUGGACGAGGCUCACUCGAUUGGAGCAAUGGGAAAAACUGGAAAAGGAGUUGUUGAAUACUGGGGUUGUGAUCCGAAAGACGUGGAUAUUCUCAUGGGAACCUUCACAAAAUCAUUCGGAGCCGCAGGAGGAUACAUUGCCGGAGCCAAACGUACUGUUGACCAUCUCAGAGUUGCCAGUCCAACUGGAUAUUAUUCAUCUCCAAUGUCCCCGCCAAUCGCUCAACAAAUCUAUACAUCAAUGUCGAUUAUUAUGGGAAGAGAUGGAACAAAUGAUGGAGCAUUGAGAAUUGAGAGACUCGCUAGAAACUCUCAUUACUUCCGAAUGAAGCUGAAACAAAUGGGAUUCAUUGUGUACGGAAGCAACGAUUCGCCAGUCGUUCCAAUGUUGAUUUAUUUCCCAACGAUGUGCGGAUUCUAUGGUCGUGAGAUGUUGGCGAGAAACAUUGGAUGUGUUGUUGUCUCGUUCCCUGCUACUCAUAUGACGGAAGGAAGAGUUCGAUUCUGUAUAUCAGCAGCACAUACAAAAGAGCAACUUGAUUAUGUUCUCGCAACGGUAUGCGAACUCGGAUCAUUGAGUCGAAGCAAGUUCUCGCGACGAUCACAUUUGUACAAAAAUCUCCAAAUCGAAUGGUAG